UGUUUUUGUUGGAGGUGUCAGCGGAAGGAACUCGUCUGCUGCUGCUCAAAACAUAGCUCUUUAAAGGUUUUUAAAUGGACUUUCACAUUUGUUAACGUUUAAUGGGCUGUUGUUUGGGGUCCGUAAAGGUGAUGACCUUCCAAAUUACAUGAAUGGAAGCUUAAAUGCAUCAAAUAUGACAUACAAGUUGUCAAAGAAUUAGGUUAAGGGUACAUGAAGAGGUUGACAGUGAAUGGCUCUUUAGAAGAUUAAACUGUGUAAACUGCACGAUUGACAUGGAGUCAAGCAAUAUAGAAGUUGGGAAAAACAUUAAAGUGAAAUGGCAAGACCAUUUGAACACUGUGUGGUCCUCAGACAACUGCCGUGAAGAUUUAAUAACUACAAGAGAUGGCGUGCAAACACUCUUUGAGCGCCUCUCAUCAAACAAAGAGGUGGCCAAUGUCACUGCUCCAUCUGUACCAGAUUUUCAGAACUCUGUUCCACUUCUUCCGGAUUUUGAAAGCCAGUCCCCUCAAUUUUCUGAACUAGAUCAACAGAUUUCAGAUCUUCUGUCAGCUCAGUUGGACUUGGCCAGGACUGUGUUCUCAGAAACACCAUUUGCCACCGUUCUCUUUCAAAGACUGCUAAUUUUAGAAAGAAUUUACUAUGGGUUUCGCUACAAGUAUCACAAUAAAGACAAAGUCAGGUCUUUGUCAGUUAUACCUGAGGAGGAUCGUUGUCGAGACUGCACCGUUGUUCAAUUGGAAAGGGCUAGCUCAGCUCCCAAUGCACUACUGGAAAUGGGUGUUCGAACUGGGCUGACUCUGAUGUUUUCAUUAAUUCAGCAAAGCUGGCAGUUUAGCAUCCCUCCAGAAUGCCCAAAUCUGAGUCAUCAGGUACUUCAAACAGCAUCUGAAGUUGUUAGGAGUCUUCCUCUGCUCUCUCUUGCCAAUGAAAGCCACAUCACAGCUCUAGGAUCCACAUGCUUAUCAGAAGUGACAUCAUUCCUUCGCCGGACUGUUUUACCACAAUCUGGAGCAGAUCCAGUUGGAAGGCGCUUAGCUUGUGAAUUGAUGCUACAGCUAGCUUGCCAAAGGGGUUCAUCCCGGCAUCUGCUGGAGUGGGUGGAUCUUGUCCUGACUGCAGCAUCUGAAGAGGUGCAAAACAAAGAUCUGAAGGAAUGUGACUACAUCUGUAUUUCAGAAAGCAUGGUCAAUGAAGCAAUAUCAAAUAUGAGGUCUGCUGCUGUAAGUGGUGAUGGAAGAGCUUGCAGACAUGUGCCUUUGUGUUUGGCUGAUGAUGGCUCACGAAUCAGACUGCACAAAGCAGCAAUGUUAAUAAUGCAAGAGCUUGUGUAUCUAUCGAGUCAUCUGACAGACUCUUGGGUGAGUGCUGGGGAGAAGUCCAUUGAUAGUGGUACUUCAGGCAGUUCAGUAUCAGAAAAAAUCUGUGAGGUCUAUUUGUGGGGCAGUAACUCAUCACACCAACUAGCAGAAGGAAAUCAAGAAAAGAUUCUUCUUCCCAAACUUGCCAAAAUGUUUUCCAAUGUGCAGCAGGUUGAGGCUGGGCAGUAUUGCACAUUUGUUAUUCACACCAAUGGAACUGUAUCUGCUUGUGGAAAAGGGAGCUAUGGUCGCCUUGGUCUUGGCGACUCCAACAAUCAACAGGUUCCUAGACGAGUCAGUAUGCCUGCCACUGUUGUGCGCCUCUCCUCAUCAAAGGGUAGUGAUGGUCACUCCCUUUGCCUUACUGAUGAAGGGCAAGUGUACAGUUGGGGUGAUGGUGACUAUGGAAAACUAGGUCAUGGAAACUGUACUACACAAAAGCAACCAAAGCUGAUUACUGGAGUUCUCUUGGGAAAAAGAGUGACACACAUACAUGCUGGGUAUCGCCAUAGUGCAGCAGUAACUGAAGAUGGUGAACUUUACACUUGGGGAGAGGGCGACUAUGGAAGGCUUGGACAUGGAGACAACAAUGGACGGAACGUCCCAACAUUGGUCCGAGAUAUAUCUGGUGUUGGGCAGGUGGCUUGUGGAAGCGCUCACACUCUAGCUCUGUCCCAAGAUGGCCGUACUGUGUGGUCAUUUGGCUCUGGUGAAAAUGGAAAGCUUGGGCAUGGAGAUAAUGCUCGUGUUUGUCGUCCUAAAAUUAUUGAGGCACUUCAAGGAGUUUGUGUCACCAAAAUUGCUGCAGGGGCCCAGUUUUCAGUCGCUCUUACAUCAAGUGGACAGGUGCUAACUUGGGGUAGUGGUUCCUGUGUGGGCUGUGGUACCGCAGACAUGAUGACAUUGGUCCCACAUAAAGUGGAUGAUUUAUCAGGAAAUCAUGUUUUGGAUAUUGCAGCUGGAGAUUCACAUUGCCUUGCUCUUACAGAUGACUGCCAGGUAUAUGCUUGGGGAAACAAUUCCAUGGGCCAAUGUGGUCAAGGUCACUCAACAACUCCAAUAUCCAGACCUCGGCGAGUUGUUGGGUUAGAUGGGGUACCUGUCCGCCAGAUGUCUGCUGGUACAUCGCACAGCAUUGUGUGGACAGCUUUGCCUACUGACAGGCCUAUCCUCCCUUGGCAUCGCCCAUUUUGUGCUGACCUUGAAGAAAACACAUUCUCCACACUUAGGAACUUCCUGGAAAAGUUUGGGAAGGAUUUUUAUGAAGAAUGUCCUCCUCCUCCAUUUCCCUCAUCACAGGACCAUCACGAUUUUGUAUACCUAUGUUUAAAACUGUUGUGCUCUCAUUUCUCUCUGGCCAUGAGUGGUGGAGUGACUUCGAGUUUCCUUGGCAAUCAAGCUGCACCACUUCGACACCUUUUAUUCAGCCUUGUUGAUUACACCACACCCCAACGAGUGGAAGCUAUUGUUAAUGAUACUCUACAAAUUGGUGCUCAUAUGCUUUUGCCUCCUUUGUGGGCCAGGCUAAGCUUGCUACAGAGUCUUCUGCCUCAAAUAUCUAAUCUCACCAAAGGCCAAAAAAUGCUCUUGGAUAUUAUUGUUAAGAGCCUAGUGGAACAUACUCACAUAGCAUGGCUAUUAGGCUAUGGUAUUACAGUAACAGAAACAUCUGAUGACAGUUCUGAGAGCUCUAUUGACCGUAGCAUCUUGGCAGAUGUGAACUCAAGUCCACAAUCCCCGCAUGACCUCACUCAUGCUUACACUCUCAUGAAAACUUUGUUACAUAAUCUCAGUGUUAACUCAAUUGCAGCAAUUGAGUCAUUAGAGUGUCAUUUGAAAAAUAAUUUGAACAAUCCAUGGGAACCACCGCCAUCUGUGCCAUCUCUGCAUGGUUUGCUGUCAGCUCUCCAUACUCAUUUGUUAGCGUAUACGACACACUAUAUGAAUUCCUCACUCUAUAUGACAAGUUGUCCUAGUAUUGAUCUUCUUUUGAGACAUGCUGAAAAACUAAUACCUAUGGCCUCUGGUAUAUUUGCUCUCAGUGCAAGGCUUGUUCAGAACUUCCCAGAAUCACUCUCUUAUCUAUAUGGUAUUUUGAUGGAUUCAAUAGCAGGAUCCUUACUCUUCACUUUUCUUCAUGCUCUGUUGUUGCUCCCUGUGUCUCAAGUUGAACCACUUCUCCCUGAACUUUUGUCUUUGUUGGCACCAAUAGACAAGCUGAAUAGAUUACUUCCCCCUCUUCCAGAUGACGAUACAGAGGCUGACACACCAACACCAAAUGAUUUAGCAGAGCAGUCUUGGUUAUGGCUGAUGGACCUUGAGCGGUGUUGUGGGCUGCUUGUUGGUCGUGUGUUAGGAGGUAUGUUGUUGGGUGCUUCAUUCACUCCAGCAGAAAAAAGUGUUGUGUACUGGCUUCAAACACCUCUAUUCUCCCACGGUCUGGAAAGAAACUACAGUUUGAGUGAUGUUGGUCGCAUUGUGUCCUUUUGGAUUCAAGAUUCCAAUAAAGAAAACCUGUGUAAAGAGAAUGUCCCUGAUUUAAAAGAUACAUAUUCACGCAUUCAAUCUUCAGUUUUAAAUGCUGACCUUGAAGCUGUAUUUAAGUUUGCCAUUGAAAAUGACUGGGAUGUCAGUCCCUCUCAUCCAACAGUGGAUGUCCUUUGCAAGUUUUACUUAGCUGCCCUCCUCAAGCAUUGUAGCAUGUCACAGAGUUUAACUUGUUCCAAUCUCUAUUUUGAAGAAAUAUAUUCAGCUGUGAUCAAACUGCGUAGACAUCUUCUUUCAGCUCCCACUCUCAAGGAGGUUGAUUUAAAACGUCUCAGUAGUAUUAAUCGGGCGGCCAGUGAAAGAAAGAAGAAGGAAUUGAAAAAAGAAAAGAGGAGAGCGGAAAGUGGGGAGGCCUCCCAUGAAAGUGAUUCAGACCAUGGCUGUGGAUCAAGAAGUAGCAGAUGUCGGGAAGCGAUUGAGGGAUGCUCAAGGGAUGAAGACAUGCAUACUGAAGAGAGUGAUCUGGAUGAAACUCAAAGUGAAGGAGAGGCGGAUGAAGCCAAAAGGCAGAAGAGCUUUGAGUAUGUUUGUAAGAAUGUCCUUGAGCGUUGUGCAUUUCUCAUUGGUUGUGUUAAUAGUCCACCAAAAAAUUGGAUGGAAGUAGAUAAAGAUGAAGACGACGUAGAUCUUUGCUCAAAUAUUGAAAUUUCUCCAAGAGAUACUCAUCAAUUGAUAAAGCUUCAUGAUGUAGUUGAAACCCUCACGAAUUUUGUUUGCGGUAAACCUGAUAAUUGUGAUUCAGAAUCUCAGUCUUUUAUUAUAAAACAAGACAAAGGCUGGGUGACUAACCCUCGCUUGAUAGGUGAGGCAGUAAUAGCACAAGAAGCUCGAGCAGAGGUGCGACUUGAUGCAUUAAGGCAGUUCUUAAUCCUUCUCUCUACAGAAGAAAGUUCCAAAGCUGAUAAUCCUGCACCCCUCAUACACAAGGUGCAAGAACAGAUUUUGUGUGGUUUAUUUAACCUAGUGGGAAGAUUAGGAUGUAAAUCUGACAGUCCUCUACUGUAUCAUUAUCUCGGUGGUGUACAAGCUACACCUAAAGACGUGCAAGAUCAGCUAAGUGCGGCCAUGCAUCGCCUGAUAUCCCUCCUUGUGCAUUUAAUUUCUACUCACAAUUCAUCUGACAAAGUUUCGGGCAAUGCAGAGCAAUGUUACCAGUCUCUGUUAGUAUUUUCAUUAAGCAUGCGAUAUGAACCUAAAGACCUCACACAUGCUGUUCGAUCUGGUCUUCUACAAGUCUUGGCAGAAGUUUGCAGUAACACUGUGGCUGCAAGCAAUUUGUUAACCUGGGAUCGUCCAAACAUUACUUUAGCACAUGCCAGUACUCAGUUGCUUCAUAUUCUUGCCAUGUCAUGCACGAUGUAUGCAGGUAAAUUGGACCAGGACAUCGUGGCAAAAGUUGUUGACCUAAUAUACCUGCAGCUGGAGCAGUCUGUUCAAUCUACUCUUCCCAAUGAAAUGACUAACCUAUCCACCUCGGAACUGACAGCCUGUGAACAAACUCUUGGAAACCGUCUCCUCUUUAUAAGACGUGUUGCAUGUAGCAAAAGGAUGAGUGCCUUACUUGCCAGCUUCAAGUGGACCAAUCUUCUUCUGCUCAUUUUAAGUCAAGAUGAAAUUAAGAAUGAAGGAUCUGUGAUCAGCUCUCUCAAGAUGAGUUUAGCUCAGCCUCGUAUUCAGUCACUACGCCCCAAGCUGCUGGCUCUGCAAUUGCUUGGCACAAUACUGCCAAGUGUCAAAUUUUCUGAUCGUAAUGAUGCUAUAGAUGAGCAGACCAAUCAGCACAGAGAACAAGUAAUCCAGGAACUAUUUCGUCAGUUGGCAGCAAACAUGUGGAAUGUACCUCAAGCCGUUGCAGAAAGGAAUGCUGCAAUGAAACACAAAGAACUUAUGAAACAACUGAAAAAAUUAAGCGAACCAGAUGACUCUGAGGAAGAUGUCUUUCAAUCUGAAGGAAAUAUCCCCGUUUUAGACGCAGGUUUUGAUGCAGACAAGACCCUUUACUGUUUUGUAGACUCUCACACAGUUCUUGUGCAUGGUGCUGGUGGUCGAGGCUAUGGCUUAGGAAACACUGCCAUCACUUCAGGAUGCUAUCAGUGGAAGUUUCAAAUAUUGAGGGAAAAUAAGGGAAAUGAAGGAACUUGUAUAGGUGUAGCAAGAAUGCCGAUAAAAGACAAUAACCACAGGACAACUUGUGAUAUGUGGUUGUACCGAGCUUACAGUGGAAACCUGUAUCACAAUGGUGAGCUGCCACUCACAUUACCUGGCUACACGCAAGGAGACUGCAUCACAGUGGUGUUGGACAUGGAUGCAAGGACAAUUAGUUUUGGGAAAAAUGGCGAAGAUCCUGUGUCAGCUUUUGAAGAUGUGGAGGCCACAGAACUUUUCCCUUGUGUUUUAUUUUAUAGCACCAAUCCUGGAGAAAAGGUGGCAAUAACUGAUAUGCAGGUUUGCCGCUCGCCUAGAGACCUGCAUCCUGGCGAUCCCCAAUGUGCCCCUCAGUCUGUAGUUAUGGCCGAGGCUUAUGUGCAGCUUUUGCGGCAAUUGCACUCCACUGAUGUGUGGUGUGAUCAGAUAAAUGAGUGUAUAAUAGAACGAUUGAAUCAAAUAAAAGAACUUUUCCCAGUUGUGUCUCAAGAGAAACCCACCAAAACUAACAUCCGGGCGCACUCACCAGUUGAUAAAGAGGAGCAAAUGGACACAAAGGAAAAUGAAGGCCCUCCUGAUACUACUGAAAAGUGUUCGGGAGUGAAGUUACAACAACUCUGCAAGGAGGUGUGGCCAGCGCUUGCAGUUAUUGCGGGAGUCGAUCGCGGUGUUCGCGUUGGUGGCCGCUGCGUUUACCGACCGUUCGCCCGUAAUUGCAUUGUCCUGGGCACUCUGAAGCCAGGCCUGGCAUCAGUGAAAGUGCAGUGGGACGAUGGGUGUAUCGGGGAUGCACAGAUUAGUGGAUUACAGCCCCUGGAACCCGCUCCUUUCAAUGUGAACAAGCUGCCAGUUGUGUCUGGGGAAACCUUGAUUCAAAUUUCAAGACUAAGUGGACUCACAGGAGAGCUUGUAUUUCCAGACUGCAAGACCAAAUUAGAUGACAUUAAAAACUCUGGAGGGGUUAUUAAAAUUGAUAAUUCUGAAUCUGAUGUUAACAUAUCCGAUGCCCAAGCCCCACCAGCUGCUCAACCCCUAAAGCCAACAGCUCGUUCUGUUGAAACCCUGACAAACCAGAUGGUUUUCAACAUUAUUGGUGAAGUGACGAGAAGAAAUUCAGCAGAGUUGUUGGAAGGAGUUACUUCCAAUCAACAAAAUUUACAAGAGUCCUCAGCUUCCACUUUAUCUUCUGUUACAAAAGUGGGUGAUCAAAAGUUCCUGGACUGUGAAGCAGUGUCAUUACAAGUAGCCUUCCUGCAGUUGGCUGCAUUGAAAUCUUUAUGUUCAUUUCUAAAUAAUAGUCAGUAUCUAGAAAUGCUUUUGGUACCGUCAACCCCUUCAUUCGCAGCUGAGGAGAAGUUGUCAGAUAAUGAUGAAUGCUCCAAAAAAGAGGGUCUAUUGUUGGCUGAGUUUGAACUGAAAGAGGCUCUCAGGCACAUAUUGAAUGGAUUGGUUAAUAAAAGUGUGGAAGUUUGCCAUUUUCGUCAGCUUGCGUGCGUUCGAGAUUUGGAACGCAUUCAGGCCAUUUUUCAUCAAGCCCACAUGAAAUCAUGUGCAAAUGAGACUUUUGCCAUCACAGAUGUGGAAACUAAAAUUCGGUCAGUUGUGAGCUCAAGAGACACUAACCACGCAAUGCACUGUUCCAGUGAUUCUUCUUUGGAUGAUUGCCUGUUAAGGUCGCAAAGAGCGACGCACAAUUCGACUUAUGAGCCCCCCGGUGCCUUAGGUUCAUUAGCAACUGGCCCCCUGGCUAACCACUCUCCUUCUUCCCCACUCUCCCCACCAUCUUCCCUGUUACUGCCCUCGCUGCUGAACUCCUCAGUUCCAGCACGUCCUGGAUCUUCUGUGUUUGCUCGCCACAACAAGCUUGUGUUUCGCUUGGCCUCAUUCAGACAAGCAAACGCUGAAAGAGACUCCAAACUAUCUGGUCGUUCUGUGACAACUUUGGGUGGUAGUUCAUCAUCUUCAAGCUCAAGAACUCCCCCUCCAGACGCAGCAACAUCAAUCGAUAACACACCUCCUCCUCCUAUUGUAGCACCUCUUCUUGAGAUGGGCUUCAGUCUAAAGCACGUUCAGAAGGCUAUUCAAUCUACUGGGAGUGGUGGGGAUAUGGCAGCAUUAACUCUGAAUCAAUUAGCUACUUGGAUGAUAGAACACCCCUGUGUAGAUUCUCCGGGAACUGAAGGUGAAGGUGAUGAGGCAGCUAGUGGCACAGAAGCCGAAGCAUCUGGUCCAUGGGUCUCUGCCAUUGCUGGUCAAACAUCCCCAGCAUCUACCACAGAACCACCUCAUCUGGCAUUGCCGUCUAGUGCACCAGUAGCUGGGGGAAAAGUAGUGCCCAAGCGAUACCAGCUUCAAUCCUCAUUAAACAGACUGGAAUCGUCUGGAACUGGAGAGAGCGAGGUUCCUCUGGGCCUUCGCCGAAGUGGAGCAAUAUGUAGGAGAUUUCCAUCCGACAUUCGGAGUUACCUGACAGAUCGAGCUGCACAAGAUCGAGAGCGUCGGGAGCAAGAGCGAGAGAGAGAAAGGCAACAUGUUCGAAACGAGGCCCAGCCUCUUCUUGCUGCAGCGCAAGCUCAAGGAAAUUCUGAUGUUGGGAGCAGUACUUCUGGGCCUAUGCCACCAAAAUCUGUGUGUGCUUUGUGUGGUCAGACCUCCACCCAUUUGGCCGGCCACAUGCUAUCUUCUCAUCCUGGUUGUGGACGCGUCUGGGGAUCCACUUAUUGUGGCAGCAUAACAGGGUCUACUUAUUUGUUGUGCAACGAGUGCAAGUUUAUUUGGCAACAUCAAACAUCUCGUGACUCAAAUCUGAUCCUGCCCAACACAAUAACUGUGAGUGGAGUGGCUCAAGUUUUGGCUCCAGAUCUUGUAGGAGCACCAGCAAACCCUCAACAAAGCCAAGAGACUGACCUUUUCUGGGCGGAUGCUGAUACUGAUAGUCCAUCAGCGGGCCAAGAUUUUGAUCAACUACUUCGUCUUUUAGGCCUUGCAGAAGAAAGACCUAUUCCAGAACCAGUUGCUUGGAGAGAAUCAGACCCUCUGGGCUCUAGUUGCGUUCCCAUGGUGGUUGCUCAAGGGAACGCAAAGGCCAACCCUGGGAAGUCUGAAGUGAAACAUAAACCAUUAGCAGACCAGGCUGCAGACCUUACAUCUGUAUUUGAUAGAAUCACAGCACUAAGAAGAUCUGCAGGUGCCGCUCAAAUUUUUAUUGCAAGGCAUAUUGUGAUUAACACAUUGUCAUUCCUUGCUGUAAGCAAAACAAGUUGUGACUUGUGUGCAAGUCUCUCUGCCAUGGGAUUAUCUGAUGUUCGCAAAGCCGUUGCUCUCAUGGGUUUGACAGCUGCUGGUCGCGUUGAGUUGCAAGACACUUGUGACUCUACAGCAGCACCACCAGGAGACGCAGGUGCAUCUGAUGUUGAACCAACUGAAAACUGGCUAGCACCUUCAUUUGGUGGUCUUUCCACCCCAAACCUUCUCCAACUUGCAGCUUCAUCUGGCUAUGAUCCAAUCUUUGAAGGAAAUUACAGUGUCCUCUCUCAUCUUCGAAGUGCUAUAGCUGCCCUUGCACGUGCUGACAAAGCUGCAUCCAAUUUAGUUUUGCAAAUGUGCACAAAGGAUUUAUUGCAAGUGGCAACUGGUGCCACAAAACUUUCAUCAGGAUCUGCAGUUACUCUAUAUCUCGUGGCACUUCUUGCAUCUCAUGGUGGUACCGCCCUAAAUUCAGAAAUUAAAGAUGAAAAAUCUCCGUUUUCACCUGAGAGCCCCAACAGCAGCAACCAUCUCAUGCUUCCUAACGCUCUAGCUGCGUGUAUUUUGUCAACUCGUUUGCCGCCACCAACUCGUCAAUGGGCCAGCCAACAACUCGUGCUUUGUAUUGUUGCCAAAAGUGGGCAUCAGCAUCCAUUGGAUACAGCGCUUAACUUUGCAGACUUGUCUGGAGUGAUGCCUUUGUGCCCAGCUGUUCAAUUGCAAGGCCAUGACAACAGGGUCAAUAAAGUCUUGUGGCAUGAAAACCGGUCCCAAUUAGCGACAAGCGCCUGGGAUGGAACAAUCAGGAUUUGGAGUGCACCUCCUCUGUGUGCCCUCGAGCACACCUUGGUUUACAGAAAGACUCAGAAUGUGUUUGGAAGUGAAUUGCAUGGUGAAGAAAUAGGACAGCUCUGCUGGUCUCCAACUGGCAGGUUUUUAGCAGCUUGUAUGGGCAACACCAUCAAUAUAUGGGCGCUUCCGCCUCUACCGGGUGACAAUGAAGAGGCCCCAUGGACAGAAAAUUUCCUUGUUUUGUCUCACUCAGCAUGGAUAACAGCACUUUCUUGGCCUGAAGAACAUUCAGCCUUAGGGUCUCCAGAUAAUAAGUGUGAACGUUUACUCAUUGGUCGUGUUGAUGGUUCAGUUGCUCUUGUAGAGCUGGAUUCUCAAAAGCAGGACUGUGUAGAGCUUCCAAAUUGCUCCCUUCCUUAUGCUUAUGUCACUCACAUUGCUUGGCAGAAUGAAGACAAAGAAUUUGCCAUAGCUUUUAGUGAUGGAACUGUUAAAUUUGGAGGGUAUAUGCCUAAUCAUCCAACUAGUAGUGUCAUGGCACACCAGAGCGCACUUUCUGGAAUGAAAUGGUCUCCUGAUGGCCGACUGCUUGCCACAUGUGGCACUGAUGGUGCAUGUCGAGUAUGGCAUCUAGUAGACAAAACUUGGUGUUGUCUUCAUUCUCUUCCUCAAGCAAAUCAACCUGUGUCUAUUUCCUGGUCACCAUUCAUCGGAAAAGGCUCAAAUCCAUUGCUCCUAUGUGUUGGCAUGUCCUAUGGUAUUAUAAAUGUGUGGGUACUAAAUCCUUCUCAUGGAGAAGAAACUGAUGAGAAUCAUGACAUUCAAGAGAAAAGUGGUCCCAGACGAGAGAAACCUUUGAAGCUUCUCUUCAGCCUUCAAGGCCACUUGUACAGCCCAAUCACAGCUCUGGCAAUUCACAAGGAUGGUUUACUUAUGGCUUCUGGUUGUGGAAAAGGGCCAACCGGUGUGGUUAACAUAUGGUCUCUUCAAGAUGGAAGCCUACUUCAAACUUAUACAGGUGCAGGUGGUAUUCAGAGUUUGAGCUGGACAGGCAAUGCAGGUUUGGCAGCCUGUUUGCUGAGAUCAAAAGAUGUUGUUGUCCUUCAGUACUCCAUGGAACAGUGUUUCUCUGACCAUGCCUUGGCUACUGGACGGAGCUCCCUUCUAAAGCGUGGAUUAGGAGGACUUCAUACUGCUCCUUGUCUUCGAGCCUUGUUGCGCUACCUGCCACACAUCCUGUCGCAGCAAUAUCUUUACGAAAGACCCUAUGUAGCCUGUGGGGAUCAGUUGCUUCACAGUGACCACCUCAAGUGCCUUAUUGCGCUUGCUCUUGUUCUACAGUUGGAUAAGGUGCUUUGCUACAAACCUGCUCCUCCUAACAAUGGAGAACAUGAGACUCUUGUUCCAGAUUGGCAAUGGCUUCACGUUUUCAGCAUGGCGUCUAGCACUGCUGAAUCACUUGUGACCCGAGGACCACUGCCUCCAAGUUUUAUUGCUGCAAAUAAAGACAUGUUGGAUGAUGAAGAGGGAUCACGUGCUCUCACCAAUAGUGCAUGGAGUUUGAGGGCAGACUGCCAGAUGAUGAGCUGGUACAUCCAACAGCCGACGGACUGGCAAGUCGGCGGCCGCUGUGAGGCGUACAUGUGGGGCAGUGGGCGGCAGGGACAGCUGGGUGACGCAAGUCAGGAUAUUGGGCGUAAUACAAUGUCACCAAUUUUGACAGAGUCAUUUUCUACUGCUCAGCAGAUUAUCUGUGGGCAAAAUUGCACUUUCGUCAUUCAGGCUAAUGGAACUGUAUUAGCAUGUGGUGAAGGAAGCUAUGGGCGACUUGGCCAGGGUAAUUCUGAUGAUUUGCAUACCUUGAGUGUCAUAUCUUCUCUUCAAGGGUUUGUGAUCACUGGCUUGGCAACAUCAUGUGGCUCUGAUGGGCACAGUCUGGCCAUUGCUGAAAGUGGUGAAGUAUUUUCUUGGGGAGAUGGUGACUAUGGCAAACUUGGUCACGGCAACAGUGAUCGACAACGCCGUCCAAGACAAAUCGAAGCUCUGCAAGGAGAAGAAGUCGUACAGGCUGCAUGUGGGUAUAAACACAGUGCAGUUGUUACAAUUGAUGGUAAACUAUUUACAUUUGGCAAUGGAGACUAUGGCAGACUUGGUCAUGGUACAACAGCCAACAAAAAACUACCAGAAAGAGUUGCAGCUCUUCAAGGAGUUAUUGUUGGUCAAGUCGCCUGUGGUCUGAACCACACAGUUUGUGUGUCAUUGGAUGGGAUGGAAGUUUGGGCAUUUGGCGAUGGAGAAUUUGGAAAAUUAGGGAUUGGUACCACCUGUACUAAGAAGACUCCAGUGCGGGUGGAAAGAAUGUGUAAUCUUGGUGUCAAACGAGUAUGUUGUGGCAGUCAUUUCACUGUCUUUCUUACAUUCGAUGGCCGUGUUUUCACUUGUGGAGCAGAGUACCACAUUGGGCAACCAGAAGCAAGAGCUCGGUGUCAUGCUAAGCCUCAAGAGGUUCCGGCAUUGAAUGAAGUCUUUGUGGAGGAGAUAGCUGCUGGAUCAGAGCAUGCUCUUGCUCUUACGUCUUCUGGUGAUGUUUGGGGUUGGGGAAGCAACAAUGACGGCCAACUGGGUAUGGGCCACACCUCAUGCCCACCAAGGGAGCCACAACUUAUUACAGCUCUCUGUGGGAAACGCACGAAACAGAUUUCAACUGGCCGAACUCAUAGUGCUGCCUGGACUUCACCACCACUCCCAAGACGAACACCUGGUUUGGCUAGUCCUUUAGCUCUGGGUACCCCAUCUGCCAUUCCGCCUCACUUAGGCCACCUGGAAAGCUUUCCAAUUGCUGCCAUCCGUGCCAGAUUAAGAGUGCUUCACAGAUUCUCAGAUACUCUUUAUGCCUGCUGGCGUAUGUUACCACUCUGCUCAAAGGUAAAAUGGUGGCAAGGCUCGCCCCUGCAGUGCUUGUGUGCUCCCGAACUGCGCCCUCUCCUUGCUCCAAGAGUGUACACGCUGCCUUUGGUUCGAUGCAUUGGGCGGACCAUGGUGCAAGGCAGAAACUACGGGCCACAGGUUACAGUGAGAAGGCUAGCUGUGAGAACUCGGCGCCCCACUCCAAUCUUUUCUCAGUUGGUCGAACAGGUUGUCAAACUGCGUCCUGCAGAGUUGAGACUGCCUUCUAGAGCAUGGAAGGUGACAUUGGUGGGAGAAGGUGCAGAUGAUGCUGGUGGAGUUUUUGAUGACACAGUGACAGAAAUGUGUGUUGAACUAACAUCAGGACGUGUGCCUCUUUUGGUGCGAACCCCAAAUUCAACAAAUGACGUUGGCUUUAAUAGAGAUAAAUUUCUAUUGAAUCCUCAAUUGACAUCCAUGAAUCACCGUGCUGCAUUCAAGUUCCUUGGUAUUUUGCUUGGAGUUGCAGUUCGAACCAAGAAACCAUUAGCUAUCCCUUUAGCUCCUCUGGUGUGGAAGCUACUUGUUCAGGAGCCUGUGUCCAUAGAUGACUUAGAAGAAACGGAUAUUCUCUAUACACAGUGCCUGAGGGGUAUUCGGGACAUACACUUCAAUGAUGUUAAUCAGCAAAACUUCCAUGAGGUCAUACCAUUGGAGUGCUUCGAAGGAACUUCAUGUACAGGACGUAUGAUGCCAAUAAUUCCAGGCGGAAGGAGUGUUCCUCUGACUUUCCAUAAUCGUAUGCAAUAUGUGGAACAAGCCAUCAACUUCAGACUACACGAAAUGGAUUUACAGAUUGAAGCUAUGCGUGAAGGCAUGGCUUGGAUUAUACCUGUACCUUUACUGUCACUAGUCACAUCUCAUUAUUUGGAGCAGCUGGUUUGUGGCAUGCCCUACAUUCCUGUACCACUUCUCAAAAAAGUUGUGAGAUAUCGAGAAUUAGAUGAAAGCCACACUCUAGUUCAAUGGCUUUGGAGCAUCUUGGAGAGCUUCUCAGAUGAAGAAAGAGUUUUGUUCAUGCGGUUUGUGUCGGGCAGGUCAAGACUGCCAGCAAAUCUUGCUGAUCUCUCUCAACAAUUCCAGGUUAUGCGAGUUGAUCGUGCCCCUGAUGGUCUCCCAACUGCUCAAACAUGCUUCUUCCAACUGCGUCUACCUCCAUAUACGAGCCAAGAAGUCAUGGCAGAGCGUCUACGUUAUGCCAUUAACAAUUGCCGAUCCAUCGAUAUGGAUAAUUACAUGUUAGCGAGGAAUGCUGAUGUUGGACAUGUUUCAGGCGAUGAGUACUAAAACAUUCAGUUCGCAAUCAAGGGCUCCAAUUUUUUUGUUGUGAAUGGAGUUCUAUGUCCCUCCCACUUUUUUGUUAUUUUUAUGGAGAAGUAUCACAUCACAAAUUUACUUUGUCUAACAAAUCUGUUGGUGGUCAGAUAUAUAUGUAACCAUUGUAACUGGAAGUGUUAUUGCUUCAAGAGCAUGGAUAUUGUGAUCUUUAGUAGUUUUGUUUGUUUCUGUUUUGUUUUGGAUUGUAUUUUGUUAGGAGCAGUAAUUCUAUUACAUUUAAUUUAUGACUGAAUAGAAGCUUAUGUUCCUAUUUUUCAGUUACAAUUUUAAUUUACCAAGACUUUGUGAUCUUAUUGUUUGUCAUUCUUGUGUACAGAGUUUAAACUAAUGUACCAAUUUAUACAUUUUGUUGUAAGUGAACAAUGCUCCGUACAAUUCUAAUUAAAAAGUCUGACAUUUUUGUUAAACCA